AUGAUGGAAGAUGGAGCGAUAAGGGAGGCUCAGCCUACGGGGGAAUUCGAGGAGGCGUCGACGCCGAAGCUCCAGGAGCGGAUGGAUAAGGCUACUGAAGACCAGGAACGGCAACUGGAUGUGAUCUUCACGGGCGUCAAGCGUCUCCACAACACAGCCAAGGCCACGAACGAUGAAGUGGUCGCGCAGAAUGUCAUGCUGGAACAAGUGAGUGUGCAGGUCAGCGACACCGAAGUUGCCGUGCAGCAACAGACCAAGGCAGCGCGUAAAGUUGUCAGCGCACACCGCAAGCUCGGCUGCUACUACGUCAUCAUCUUGCUGCUGACUAUAGCCCUGCUCGUCGUGAUCUUCAUUUAA